GGAGUUCUGAGCAACUUAAUUUUAACUCCCCUUAUAUCUUUUUCAAAAGUAGCGAGAUUAUGAGGCUAUCCAUCAGAAGUUACCCAUCUUUUUAUAUCAUCAUUGCUAAAACCUAAUAUAUGAGUGAUUUCAUGGAUAACUAUUUCCAUUAAAUCUUCAAACACAAUAGGAUCUUCCAGAUUUAUUUUGCCAGUUAACAAACCAAAAUUAAAAUUAACUGUACCAUGAGUAGGUCCUAAACGAUCUAUAAAUUAACACCAAUUAGCGUUGGCUAAACUACUGUUACUUGGUUCAACUGUAUAUGAUACAUAUAUAUGUAAAUCAGAAUUUCUUCCCUAAGUUUUAUCUAUAUCAGGAACUUGAACUAUUCCACAAUUUUUUUUACUUGAUUUAUAUCUCAUAUCUGUUUCUUUUCUUGGGAUUAUUUUUAUUAAACGAGAAAAAUAGUUAGUUGCCAAUUACAUUGCUUUCUCGAUGCUAUUAAUUAUUUUACUCACCUAAUGUACCAUAACAGAAUCAGCUAAAGCUUUGAAAAAAUCCAUAUUAUAGGUAAUUACCAUAUUACGAGGUUUUUUCGUUUAUA